AUGCGACACCGCCUCACCACACGACACGAUGGAGGAGUGGCAGCUGGCCUCGAGCUGCCCAGCACGCUGCUGUGCUGCUGCUGGCUGUGGCUGCCGGCCGCGGGGGCGGGCGGGGGCGGCGGGAGCCGCGUGCUGGCCGGUGAGCCGGUCGACAUCUCCGAGUUCCCGUGGCAGGUGUCUGUGGAGUACGUGGGCGCGCACCGCUGCGGCGGCUCCGUCGUCAGCGCCGGCUGGGUCAUGACGAACGCGUGGUGCGUGGUGGGCGGCAAUCCCGUGUACUACCUGCUGCGCGUCGGCACGUCGACGCGCGGCAGCGGCGGAGACACCUACAACGCCAGCCGGCUGCUCUGGCACGAGGACUUCGACAACGCCAUCUCCGACAAAGACAUCGGCUUCUUCGAGGUCUCGGAAGCCAUCUGGUUCGACGACAACGUUCAGCCCGUGGCGCUGGCGGAGGAGGAGCCGUCGGCGGGCAGCCAGGUGACGGUGUCGGGCUGGGGCAGCGUGGACGCGGGCCAGGGCUACCCGGUGCAGCUGCACGCCGUCAACACGACCGUGCUGGACCGCGACGCGUGCAACGCCACGUUCGAGGGCCAGCUCAUCACCGAGGACAAGAUCUGCACGGCCGGGCCCGACGGCGGGCUCGACUACUGCAACGGCGACUACGGCGGGCCGCUGGUCGCCAACGGCACGCAGUACGGCGUCGUCUCCUGGGGCUACGGCUGCUACUACCCGCAGUACCCGGGCGUCUACACCAACGUCGCCUCGCUGCGCUCCUGGAUCAACGACACCAUCGGCGUCUAGCCCGUUCUCCUCUUCUCGCCUUUCCGCGUUCACAAAUUUACCUCGCGUUUCCAGACGCGUGCACGUACGCCGAUGUCGGCGAGUACACUCUACGACAUAUUCGUUCGACUGUAUCUAAAUGUUUUACUGUACUUUUUUAAUACAAUUCUUCCGCCGGUCAACACUCGUAGCGAAAUAAAAGAAACGCAGCAUUUUUCCUCAGACUGCAGAACUGACCUAUAUGGGAGAUAUAUUUAUCGAGAGGGCGCAGCCACUGUGGAGUCUGCGAGUGGCACAGUUAGAGUAGGUUCUCUGAGUAACGAAAAGAAUAAACUACUGUAAUAUGUCUCAUUUUAAAUUCGGCUGUAUAAAUUUCGUUAUUUAAUUAAUGGGUGAAUUAUAGCAAAUUCUGCAGUCUGGAAGUUAUUAUAAUAUCUACAAUUCAGGAAAGUGAAGUGCAUCAUUUAGUGUUAGUUCUUACUCGACACCAGAGAUGAGGGACUUACCAAAACAGUAACUCACUAAAUUUCGUCGAGUACCUCUCGUAAUCAAGAAGGGCUUUUAACGUACUAUAGUUUUUGUGGGGCCAAUAUUUUUAAACGCGGAGAAUUCGGCAAACAAACGCACUUGCUGGUUGUUGUUUACAGGAAGGCUUACGUCAUAUUCGGUGUUACAUAAAAACGAGUAAGUGGGUCCUUGGAAAUUUGUAGUAAAAAAUUUUGGAACCAGAGGAUAUUGAGAUAUCCACAAAUUAACGCUUACAACGUCUACCACGUUUAAAUAGAUACGUUAACGUCAUUUAAUUCUUAUUUCUGUGAAAUGCAACACCCGACAAAGUGGUGCUUAUAAUGCAGAAUUGUCUGCCAUACACUAAAGCAUAACUGUUUCGAAUUAUGAAACGAGUUUUGCCUUUAUAAUAUAUGUAAUGAACUGUAAUUUAAAGAGCAAAUAAUUUCACGUUUCUGUAAACUUUCAUCACUUCCGAGAACGAAAAACAUACAACAGCAAGUAAUAUCCAUAGAUUCAACAGUGUCACACACAAGUGUCAUCAAGUACGCGAGAAGAAAAUGUUAAUAAAGCCUUAAAAACAAAGACAAUAAGACCACGGCAGUAACAAUGCGAAACGAGCAGAGAAUGCCGCAUUUAAAUUCCAGAGCUGGAUACUCACACAGUACUUUACAUGGGUAACUUUGUCAUGUCGAUGUAGACGUUUUUCGACACGGGCUCAGCUCGAAGUAAACUGCGUUGUACUCGUGCACUAGUGACUCCUACUGACUUUUUACUUAAGUUGACGUUUUUUCGAGUGCACACAAGCAGUAUCAUGGUAAGUAGAAGAGAGACAGCGAUAUAGGUAGUGGAAGGGAUUUACGUGUGAAUGAUAAAUCCCUUCCGUAAUCAUCUUCAUACCUCCUCCGGGUUACCACAGAUGACGUGCCACUGAUCUCAUUUGUACUAAAACUACAGUACACGCGAGGUGCCUAUCUGCUUCCAGCACCCUGACUGGAACGCAUAAUUUCUAAGUAUGUCCACCAGACUGCAGUCUCCUAUAGUUCUUGUCCCUUGCACAGAAAACGGCACAUAGGCUGUCAAUACGUUACGUUAAGGCUCAUUAAUUCUUAGCGAGGAACUAAUAUUGCACAAAUAAUUGAACUUCCAAUUAGUUUGUUUAUAUGGGAUGCCACUCGCUUUUUAUAUUGUACAAUUAUAUUCAGCUUUAUUAAUCACAAAUAACUUCCAUUCUUCACACUUACAUAGAAAAUAAAAAAAAAACAAGGAACUGCUCAUUUGCGUAAUUACUAUCAAAUUGUUCUCAAUUAAAUAUCCAAGUAACCAGAGACUGCUAAUUAAGUUCUUAAUCGCUACCGACUUAGGCAGACAGAAGAUCUGUCCUCCGAGACUGCCAAACCUCCUCUGAUAUUACAGCCGAACCACUUCGCCCGCCAUCCAAGUUAGGUGCGAUACGAAGAUCACCGAAAUGCUUCGUCUACCUUUUCGUUUAGCAACUGUUUACUAUCCUGCUGGUAAUUAACACUUUUGAAAUAAUGGAAUGAUGGUCUGCUAUUGAGACAUGCUUUAAUAUGAAAUGCAGGUAAAUUCACUGUUUAGUUUUUCUAAUAUUAAUAACAGAAGCUUACGACUUUGGUGCUCUACUUCCGAAUGGAGCAGCCAACCGCGGAGAAGCCCCACAAUUUAGACGGUCUUCCUCGUGGUACCCGUACCGCACAGACCACUCAGCUGCCCUAAGCAGAGGGUCCAGCGGCUGAGCGUGACGGCGGCAGAGCCACGAGUAUUGCAUAUCCCCCUCCUUCUGAGAUUUCAAAAAACUGGGAUUUUCUCGCAUACAAAAAUCGAUUUUGCAAAUCAGUAAAUUUUGUGUAAAUUUUUCAGUUACCAUUUCUCAAGAGCCACACCAUUCCACUAUAAUUUUGAUUCGUUGUUGUUUUCCAGAAGUUGAAUCCACUUUACGUAUUGAUAAUUCUGUUGUCCGUGAUGUGGUCUUUUGCUGUGAAACUACAAACUUUGACUACUGGUGUUGAGUUCAACAACAGACAACAGUCUGCCAUCUCCAGCCUCAACGCACAAAUCCAGUACUGUUCCAUGUAACAAUGCAAAGUGCCUUAAAUUAAUUUCCUAAUAAGUUUAUACAAAUUUUAAAUUAACAUAUUUCCAUGCAUUAUUACAAUAUAAAUACACAAUAUGUAA